AUGAAGACGGUUUCCGGUCUACGUUUGGUGCGCGUUGGAGGAGGUGAGGCGCUGGCGGCUUUCCUAAGUUCGGACGGAGGAAUGUCGCCUCUCAGCGAGUGUGUAGCCAAAAUGGCUGUGAUGUCCGACGGGGCACACGCCGCCGGAGUUCUGGUCUUGGCGCCGGCGGACGAGUUCCUCGACUCUGACUUGACCAACUACGAUUGGCUAAGGAGAUGGAAUCGGCUCCGUGUCUACCAUGAGCCUGACGAGUCACCAGAGCAAGCGAGUGCGUCUGAGCAUGUGGAAAGGCUACUCGCCGAAGGUCUGAGGGAGCAUGUGAAGGACGCGGACCCGUCAGUCGCGGAUUCAAUCUUGGAAGAAGCAUUCGGCGAGAAGCUGAUGGGGUGGUCGAAGAUGCAGCAUGCUUCAGACGACGACGACGACGACGGCGCCGUUGAGGAGGUGGGUCCAAAGCUGGACUUAAUAGAGGUAAGGGACAUAGAAGACGAAGAGCGAGAACGACUUUUGACCGAAGUGCCAGAGGCCUGGAAGAGCAUCAUCGAAGACUCCAGGGUUACAGCGGAGUAUCAUGAACUACUCGAGGUUGAAGGCCAGGACGUCCGCAAAGAAGGCCAGGACGUCCGCAAAGACACAAGGAGGUGCUGGCAGAGACCCCGGUUCUUCGCAAGCCUUGGUAUUGGGGCUGCUCUGGGCGGUGUGUUUAUGUCAGGAUUGACCCUCUACCUCUCGGGACGUGGAGAAGCCGGUCCCUGUGUAUUGUCGCCUGCUACGACGCUGAACAGCUCCACCUCCCCGAACAGCUCUACGGGGUCCGAGGUCGUGGGGCGGCGUGCCUUGUAUGACGUGGCCAGUAGUACCGUGGGUUAUGAUUCCACGAUGGGAACCGCGGCCAGCGAUACCGUUGGCUCUUCCCUGGGUACGGACGACCCGACUUUCCGGGGUGUCACGGAUGCGACCUGCAAGCCGGUGGUGAUCGUAGAGCCCCGCUGGCCGAACGUCGAUGAUAUAACGACGUUGAUUUCUGAGUCGGAGUUGGCUUCACUCACAGUGCCGGAGGACAUUUGCGCAGCGAGAAACAUCACCAGCGGAUACGUUAUAGCCCACUCAGACAAUUGGGGACUGUUAAAGUGGUCUGAUUGUGCAGAUAACGGAGGCCACAUAGCUUGCGGUAAGGACACUAUGUGCUAUUACUAUGGUUACCCAUUCAAGUUCGAUGGACCGACUGUAUUCAAGGCGGUCGUUCAAUACAGGGGUCCCGACGGAUGUUCCAUGCGAUGUAACGAAGGAGACUUGGCUCGUGACCUUUAUCACAACCGAGUAGCAGAAGGGGUCGGGCGUUCGAUUCCCGGGGUUGACUUUGGCCACGCCAGCGACAGACAAAAGAGAUUGCUAGGCCGUGAAAUUGACAAGCACUUGAAGCGUAAUGACCAGUGCAGUUAUUUCAAUCCGGAGGACGGUUGUCGACCGCGUCUCGCACGUCCACAGUGUACUUGCACUAAGGCCAGGUACGCGUCCAAGUUCUACGACCCGGAGGGCAAGUUGGGUCCGUGGGCGACACAAUUGGAUUUCAACACCACCGAAGAUAGAUUCGCGCCAUAUCACACUCCCCACAAAGUACCAGGUUAUGUGACACACGAAUGCAUCUUCGACUGCUAUCAAGCUGACAGCAACAUGGAUGAGGAAGUACUGAAGUAUUGGAGGAGCAUUUACUCGUCCCAUAUCUUUUCCUUUGAAGACCCGUUAGAGAAAGAUAUUCUUCGCUUCUUGUCCAUUCUGCGUGACGGCGAGUCCACCCGGCCUGUGUCUGACACGGAGACACCCACAACUGUCACUGGGACUUAA